AUGAGCACGAAUCGGCUCGUCGCCAAGGAGACCGAGCAGCUAUAUGCAGCGGCGCUCGCCGGCGACACGGCCCGCGUGCAAGAGCUUUUAUCGGAGAAGACGGCCGACGUCAACUUUCACCAGCGCAACCACUAUGGCUCGACGCCAAUGAUUGCAGCCAUCAUUGGCGGCCACGUCGAGACUGUCCGCGCACUUCUGGAUGGCGGCGCCGACGUUGCGGCGCUGCGCACACCCGACGCCAAUAGCCCGCUCCACGAAGCGUGCUUUCAACGCAACCCCGCGAUCGUGCGCUUGCUCAUCGAGCACAAGGACCAGUUCCAAGACGACCUCCACGACGCCAACGACAAGAACGCGCCGCGCUGGUCCAUGGUCGACGCUGUCAACCAGUUUGGCAACGUGCCAUUGCACGCAGCAGCCAUGGCGGGCUCUGUCGAGUGCGUCGAAGCGCUUCUCGAGGCCGGCGCGCUCGUGGACGCAAGCAACAACCAACACUCGACGCCGCUCCACCACGCGUGCUACUGUGGGUCACCCAACGAAAAGGUGGUCGAGCUGUUGGUGCGCGCCAAGGCGGAUGUCAACCUCCCCGACAAGAACCACGCGACACCGCUCAUCGUCGCCGCCAAGAAGAACCAAGUGGGUGCCAUCUCCGUGCUCUUGGAGGCCGGCGCCGACCCGGGUGCCGUCGAUGACUCGGGGCGUAACGCGCACGCAUCUGCGGUACUUCGCGGCAACCUGGAGUGCGCGGCUCUACUCAAGGACCUCGCUCCCAUCGACCCGGACGUUCGCCCGCUGGACCCUGACGCCGUGCGCCGUCCGUCCCUGACAGCGUCCAUGUACGCCGAGCACAUGUACCAUCACCAAGAGUGA